CAAUGAAUAACAUAGGGGACUUUGAUGGCUCGAAGACUUUACCCACUAAGCCGCAUAGAAUUGAUCCAAGGUACUGGAAUUUUAACUUGGAUUUGGAAUUUUGGUGAGUGUUAUUCAUCGAUUUACUACUUAAGUAUAUAUCAGGUUGUUCAUUAAUUAGGUUGUAAUUAGUAUAAUAUCUAUAUUCAACCGAAAUCAUCUUGUUUAAUUUCAUAUCCUUCUAAGAUCCAAAUUGUUUUACAUUCUUUUUGAUAAUUUAAUGGUUAUAUUAGUCAAUUUAGGCUAUUCAUAGAAACUAUCACUCUACAUAAACUUGCAUUUCCUUCUAAUAUUUAAUUAUUUAAGUCGUCCAUUAUGACAGUUCCUCAACCUCCCUUUAAAGUAAAGACAAAAGUGUCAUGGGCUGGAGAGGAAGAUGGAGAUCUUGGAUUCAUUGAAAAUGAAGUAAUUGAUGUGUUCUCAAUAGUGGAUGAAAGUUGGUGGAGUGGGAAAUUAAGAAGAAAUAAUGCUGAAGGAAUAUUUCCUAUGGAUUAUGUUCAGAUCCUUGAAGAAAGAUUAAUUCAUUCAUCAUCUCAUAAUUCAUUAUCUACCCCAAAACAAACCACUCCUCAAAAGGAUUUAGAUAAUAAUUAUCGUAAUAGUAAGGGUUAUUUUCUGGCAUCUAAAAGUUCUCCAAAAAGAUAUGAUAAUUAUAAUGAUCCAGAUAAUUCAUUUGAAUAUGAUGUUGGUAAUUAUACCAUUGAUGCCAUUGAAACAAAUCCAAGAUUAACCAAUUCAGCAAAUUAUCAAUCUAAGAAAGUUAGAUCUGCCAAUAAUUUAAUGUCUUCGGUAAAUCAUCCAAAAUACAGACAAUCUUAUCAUCAAUCUCAACAAGAUGAUUAUGAUAGACAAAGAGAAAUUGAACAUUUUAAACAAUUACAACAACAACAAAAUUAUCAAAUCAGAAAAUCACUGAGCCAAGAUAAAAGAUUACUGCUUCAAUUUCAAGAUACUAAUAGAAAUAGUGGCUUGAGAUCUAAACGAAGUUCACAAUUUUAUUCUUCUCAAGAUCCAAGUCCAAGUCCGCCAAGCAGAAACUUAAAAUCUUCUUCAUAUGUUGAUUUACCUCAGCAAACUCCUAAUAAGUUACAACCAUUGUUUAAUAACUAUACGGUUGAAUCCUUUUCUCCUGAUCCAACUUCGCCUUAUAAUAGAAGAAAUGUUAAUGUGGAAGAUGAAAUAGAACUUUUGGCACAAAAGAGAGCUCAACUUGAAAUGGAAUUACAACGGUUGAAAGAUCUUGAAAGAUCCAGUCACAGAAAUAAAAUGCAAAACCAAGCUCAAAGUCAAAGAUCUCCCAUUGCUUCUAGAAAGAAUCAUAGUAAUGAUCACUCUUAUGAUCCUUCAAUUGAUAGUUAUUUAAGUGAAGAUUUACAAUCUUCAAAGAAGAACUUUGCUUCAAGAGACGAUCUUGGUAAGAAACUUUCAAAAUUAGUUAGUGAUGAAGAUGAUGAUAACUUAGAGGGUUCACCUCCACCACCUCCACCUCCAAAGCAUAACACUCCAAUUAUAAAUAGAGAAGCUUCUCAAGACAUUUAUUCGGCAAAUGGUCAAUUUAAAAAAUCCGGUAGGAAUAAAAUACCAUUCGAUCCUGAUGAUUUUGGAGUUUCAGGAAAUAGUAAUGCUCAAAUGUUAAGUGACGAAGAAUUAUAUAGAUUGUCACAAAUGCAACAGGAAGAUUUAAAGAAUUCAUUGAAAUCUUUACAAAGUGAUGUUUUGAAUUUAUCAGAGCUUAGUGCUACUAGUGCUGGAUCAUUUUACAGACAUAAGAUUGAACACGAAAUUUAUAAACAAAGUAAUGCAAUUAAAGAUCUUAAUCUUGAUGAUGGUCCAUCUACUGAGGAAACAGUUCCAAGUCUGUCAGUAAUGGAGUCUAUGUUUCAAGAUAAAAAGAAACAAUCUAAUAUUUUUAAGAAACUUUUACAGAAGAGUCCAAAGGAAGAAAAUCUAAUUGAGCAAAAGCUUCAAAAGGUAAAUGAAAUAGAUUGGACCACCCAUAAGAGUGAUUUAAACAGAAUGAACUCAUUAACUUCUCAAGAUAAACAAGCCAGAACUAGACGAAUUCUUAGAGAAGAUCCAUCUUUGGUAGUUAAGCCAUUAGACUUCAUUUCAGAUAUCAAUAUGAAUGAAGUUACUGAUUCUUAUGAUUCAGAAUCGACUACUAAGAUUGCUACAUCCAAAAUAGAGGCAUUUAUGGAACUUUACAAUACUUCUUACGACUUAAAUGAGUUAAUAUCUGAUAUUAGUAUUAAAUUCAAUUCUUCUAAGGCUAAUCAAGUAAGAUGUCUUUUAAUCCAUUUAUGUAAAUUUAAAAUCGUUGAAGAGUCUGGAAAAAUAUUGCAAGCUAAACCAAAACUUUCUGAAGUUCAACAAAAGGGUGAGGCAACUAUAUAUCAACUUAAUUAUCUUUUCAAAAAGAUUUUGGAUGCUUUAAGAAUCCCUUCAGAACUUGUUUUAGGGUUCUGGAAAAAGCCUAAUGAAUUUUAUCAUAAUGAACAAUUUGUUAAUAAUCAUUGUUGGUUAUCAGUUUUAGUAGAAGAACAAUUUUUAAUUAUUGAUCUUUACAAUUUUAAAAAUGGAGCAGUUUGCAAUAUUCGUAACCAUCCUCAAGGAUAUAAUGAAUUCUAUUUCUUGGCAAAACCAUUGACAUUAGUUACAACUCAUAUACCAUCGGUUAUUGAUUUACAACAUGUGAUUCCUCCAAUUGAUCCAAAUAUAGCAUUUUAUUUACCUCGAUCAUAUUCGGGAUAUUACUCUUCUAAUUUGAAAUUCAGAAACUUUAAUAAUAGUUUAACAAGGCUUCAAGAUUUAGAAUUCUUUGAAUUAGAAUUAGAUAUUCCAGAGGACAUUGAAAUAUUCAGUUUGGUCAAGACUUCGAAAAUCACUACCAAUGAUUUAUGUUUAUCACAAAUUUACUGGUCAAACAAUAAACGUAUUGCCAAGAUUAAAGCUAUUCUUCCUCCUAAUGAAACUAUUGGAGUUUUACAAAUAUUUGCUGGUCCAAAGGGAUUACAAAAACAUUUUGAUAAUAUUCAUCAAUUGGCAGUUGUAAUACCAUUAUAUCAUACAGGUGAAUCUAAGGAUUGUAAAUUUGUUCCACGAUUCCCAACAGUUCAAAGUCAAAAUAAUGAUUUAUAUAUUCAACAACCACAAAUUAGUAAGAUUAUAGUGAAGAAUGCUUAUAAUUUUGAGAUUAAUCAGUAUCCAUCUAUGGGAUUAUCAAAUGGUACAGCAUUAAUGAAUCAAGAUUUUAAGCUUGUUAUAGAAUCACCAUCUGGUAAAUACUUCAAAUUAAAUAAAACUGAUCCUUCAAAGCCAUAUGGUACUUAUUCUACCAAUAUUAAAUGUCAAGAGGUUGGUUUAUACCGUGGUUUAGUCAUUGGAGACAGUGGUAAUAGUUGGUAUGUAUUUGCCCAAUGGGAAUGUGUUGAAGGAACUGUGAAGAAUUAAAAUAUAAAAUUUAAAUUAAGAAUCUUAAAUUUAAAUUCUUCCUUGUAUCAUAUUUUGCAGCCAAUGGCUCCCCAGAAUGUCGUAAAAUUUAUCAUGUCUCAUUUAUUAUUAUUUCUUGUUCGCUUGCUUUUCUAAUCAUACUCAUAUAUACAUAUAUAAUUGCAUCAUAUUUAACUCUAUUAUACUUCUAAGCUUUAGAGCUUCAUUUUAUUAAUACUUAAUUUAGUUUUAUAUACAUUUUAGUAUUUGUCAUUUUUGUG